CUCAGGGCAAGCAACGAGUACAUCUAGUAUGGUCCAGGCGCGGCUCGCAGCGAGUGAGCGAGUGCUUACUAGAUUGGAGAAAAUGCGCGCGGAGGUGAACGGCACCACAAGUAAUAGUGGUAGCAAAAAAUCGAGCGUCCCUUCGCUAGCAGCGUCGACCGCAUUGGUGGCAGCAGCAGCGACUCGUAAAAACACUGCUGCAUACGAGGGACGAACCUUUGUUCCUGAACUCGCGCGUUUGCGUCAGACGGAAUUGCACAUUGCAAGCUUGCUAGAGAACGCGCCGCCGCCGCAAGCUGCGCAGCUGGAUCGGGUGGGGCGCAUGGUCCACGAUCUUUUGAGGGACAUGGCGGCUGGCGAGAUGCAGACGCUUGUACUGCGAAAAGUCGCAGACGACAACGCAAGCCAAUAUGCACUGAUGAGGCGGCUCUCCAUCCCUCUGAUGAUGCGAACUGAAAACAUCCUUGCGAUCGAAGAUGAGGCGCACCAGAAGACUGAUGACCCACCUCUGUCUGCCUACGCCGCAGGCAAGAGACCGCCGCCGCAGGGCAAGCGCACAACAACCUCAGUCAUGUUCCGGAGCGGUGAUGCAGAUUUCAACCUGCUUGGAGGAGUCAAUGCCGCGGCGUGCGAGGGGAAAAAACCUACGACAAAAACCCCGGCGGCGACCACGCAUCCGCUGAUUGCGGAACAGAUGCUGAGGACGCAGGCACGCUUGGACCGUUACACGAGUUUUGCUGGCGGUUUCUCACCGCAACAGACCUGGUUAGUCGGACGCAUUGCGGAGCUAGGCCAGACCACUGACGCAGUCGCUGCUUCGGACGCGGUGCUCGUCUUGGACGAAAUCCGAGAAUUGGAGGGACAGUUGUUGAUCGCUGGAAAAACUGUUCUCGAGAAAAGUUUGUCUAGUUUUUCAGCAUCAGCUUCUAAUGCGCCUUCCAAUGGCAGUGCGUCUCCCGAGGCUGCUUGUGCGGCCUCGACACACCAGGCUGAAGCAGGAGCGGCGUCCCGAGUGUGUACACGCGUUUCGAACUUGUUUAUGGAAACGCCUCCGACGGACCGCCAAGCGGACAUGCUCGAGCUCAUGCGGGAUCUCUCGGUCUGCGUAGCUGACGACUUUCCAGGAAUGAAUAGGGAUAUCAACGGUACCUUCAUAGAUGUAAAAUCGUUUAUACAUCAUAGAAGUUUCUAAGGACCACAACAACGAGUUGCUUGUAGUAAUGGAGGUUUUUUGGGCUAACAACAAAACUUACUUAGAUAUCUUGUUCUUCACCCACUAUUAGUACUACUGAAAGAAUAUCUUAACUACAGCAUCAAUUUCUUUUCUAUAUUGAUCACAGCUUUGUUGCUGAGCUUGCUUCGGGACUUGGAGCUUGACAUCGUCGUCGAGUGCUUGUCGUUGCAGUUCCCUGUACGCGCAGUGGAGGCUCGCAACACAGAAAACAACCUAGAAGAGGCCGACAUCUCGGAUUGGGGUUUCGCUGUUCGUCGGGCAGGCCAGAAACUGGAUACUCUGAGUCAUGUUCUAAACGAAAUUACCGAUUUGACCACGCACUCAGCGGUCGCGCAUGAUGUGAAGCUGCUGCAUCGCAUGACCAGUCUGGCAGCUGAUGCGCCCCUUGGUUGGGCUUUGCCUGUCUUGCAGGAUUUAGUGCUCCUCAAAAUCCGUGAGCUGGAGACCGGAAUUUUGCGGUUCGCACGCGGCAUACUCUACCACAAGUACCAGGAGCGUUACAGGAGUGGCGGUCUGUCCAAGGCUGCGAUGCAAAACGGGGCAGUAGCUUGGGAGAACCGCGAGGCGAGGUUCCUUGCUUCGCUUGGUUGCGGGCCGCCACAGCUCUUUCCGAGCGACGCAGUGCGCGGCUGUUUUCCGGCGGUGGCUUUUAACACAACCGGCUCGCAAAAGUCGCAGAAUACUGGCUUGGUCUUGGAUGACGAGGAGAGCUCGAGCAGCAGCUUUCUGCAGCGCGAAGGCAUUGCUGCGCUGCUGCGCGUCCAGCGGCUCUGCUGCAACUUGCAGAUGGAGGCGCCUGCGUUGGCGCAAGGUGACCGCGCACUGUUUCUGCAGUUGCUGUGUUUCGAAGAGGAGGCGUCGUCUGGGUCUUCGGUGGAACAGGACCCUUUAGCUCUGGCGAUGUCGAGGAUAGACAAUUUAGUUCGGGAGCACAUGCGCGAAGUCGAGAGUGAGAUCUUGCUGGGCUACGGGAAUGCCGUCCUUGCGACAGCGGGUGCGCCUCCAGGGCUUGAAGACCACGAGCACCACGUAGGCUAUCUAGGCUUUUCCAGUCUGCUGCCGUGGCUCGUGAAGAUGCGGCCUACUGUUGCCGGCGUCACGGAUGUUGAAGCAGCAGGCGCUACUGCGAAGGCUACUCGAGCUGGAGGGCGCGUGACGUUUUCGGCGACUUCGACACAAGUCACCUACGAUCCGACCAAGGAUGGCCGUCCUUCGACUGCGGCGCUGGCGACCGCGGCUGGGCGCUCUUCAUCGCGGGUACUCGAUGCAGAGGCGGAUCCCAACGUGUGGUUUAUAGAAAAGCAGGUCUUCUCGACGCUUGGGGCAACGGGUAAUCAGAAUGCGAAGACGCGGAAGAUACGAGAGCUUGGUGUUAUGAGCCAGAUGCUGGACAGACAAAUAUCACGAGCGUCAGCGAGAGUCAGCGGUCGUUUCUCCACCGAGACAGUGCGAACAACUACUGCACAAGGCCUCGGCAAUGGAAACCAGGUAAUUGGAUUUAACACAUCAAAGAUCAAAUCUAAGUUGAAUAUGGUUGUAAAGGAGUGUAGCCUGUUUUCCAUUUCUGUCUUCAACAACUUACUUAGUACCCUUAUAUGACCCCAUCUGUUGUGAAUUCACAGGACGUGGUGAGCCCUGCUCUGUCUCUGCUACGGCGCGCAAUUUGCGAUCAAAAGCGGGAAUUGGAGACUGAGGUGGUACUUGAGGCUAUGGAAGUUGCCGAUCACACAAUUUCCAAGAUGGGCGUGGCGCGGGGUGCGUCAUCGCCGAGAGAUGAAAAAUCGACUUCGUUAUCUCGCUUAGCGCAGACGUCUGUGGGCCGCAUCGAGCGAUGUGCCAUGGAAAUCGGGAAGAUCUACGACGAGGACGUGGGGCCGGCGGAAGCCGCGAGGCAGGCAGAGCGCCGCAAGACUUUUUUUCACACAGCGUUCCACUUCGUCGAGCACAUUCAAGACUUGGCCGACGCGGAAGUGCAGGGCGGGGACGAGUUGAAACCAGGCGGGGACAUGAGUCAUUCGAACAUUCCGACGGCGCAAGCCGGUGUGGGGCGUGCGAACGAGCUCGUGAUCAAGUUGAACGCCGCCGCGGCCCGACAGCUACAGCACUUGGAGGCGCAGAGCAUGCUCGCGAUGGCGCAGAGCAUUAUGGCACACCACAGUGAUCUGUUGGCGAAAGAUGCGCGCUCAGGUAUGCGGGACUCCUAUCUGGGUGGUGGUGUUAACACGCGGGCCAGCGGAAACGCGAUGUCUCCGGACAGGCAGCGCCCUGAUUCGAGUCGCCUAUCUCGCGAGGGUGACGAGAACGAGGGGAAUGCGACAAGCGAAUCAAUUGUUCCGCAAUCGUUUGCAGAUGGUGGGCGCACACGGCAAAACUGGCGCCAGCAGGGUAUUGCAGCAUCAGAUCGCACGCUGGCCCGCGUUUCUCAGGUGCGCUCCAACUUUGGUGUCAUGGAGCAUGCGGGUCUUUUGCCAGACUUGCUUGAUCUGCGAAACAUGCAGGAGCAGCUCUCCUUGAGUGCAGACAUGUUGCAACGACAGGGCUUCGCGCAACAGAGCAGCAGGCUAGAUGCAGUGUCCAAAAUGGUGUAUGAUGUUUUACAUGACAUGUCGGUCUCCGACAUUAUGUCCGUGCUGGACCGUUUCAAGAACGGACCGGGACAAGGACCGUUGGCCAUUAUGGACGGGAAUCUGCACGGAACAGACGCACCGCCGAUGCAGAAGCCGGUUGGAGCGAAAACGGAGCCUCCAUUGAUGUGUACGUCAAAAAUAUCAACAGACAAUUCCGUUCGCGCACCCAAGGAGGUGUUGCGAAACCAGGUUCAGCAUUCCGAAUCGCGGCUAAAAACGGUCUUCGGUCCGCCACGGCCUGAAGUAGCGACCAGUGCCUCGGCACACGAGCGCGGCAGUGCCCUGCACGUCGAUGCGAUGCGCGGGAAGAUGGCGGAAUUAGGCACAAGCGUCGCGACACACGAGCCUCUUCAGGUGCACGGACGAUUAGUUGCUGACGUCGUUCGCGAAGUGGAAACGCAACUGUAUCUUGACACGGUGUACAACCACUUGUCCCCCUCUCUGGACGCUCUGGCUGCGGCCUCCAACGGUGGCCUGACCAUGUCCUCACAGGCGGUAGCUGCCUCGCCCAUGUCUGGCCCAGGACUCCAGGAACUGUUGGCUUCGACAAACACAGUAUCCGCGAGCGUCGCACCAGACACGCGAAUGCGUGUUCAAGAGGCGGUGAAGGAGCUUCAGCAAGCUUUCAUGUGUGUCAAGCGCAUCGAGCAGCUAUUUCAGGAUAUGCCGCCAAACGCGCGACAGCAGGAUCUGUUUUCGCAGUGCCUCGAGCUCUUUGACGGGCUGCACGCGAAGGCUCAAUUAUUUAGCGCCCGCUUGCAGGGAAAGACGGGCUCAGUGUGGUCGCCAGCAACUGCUUCAAGCAGCGCUCGCCGGGGAAGCACGCUUGUGAGUGCAAUAGAGACACGGGAGCAGGUGCAGCUACUGAAAACUGUAGUGGCUCAAAUGAAAGAAAUUCAGCGCGAAAUCGUCAUGGAGGGUGUGCAAAGAGCGCAUGCACGCACAAAUGGCAGCAAUACCGAUCCUGAGGAGGUCCGUGCCGCAUGGGAAGCCGUGAACAACGCGACGAGCCGUUCGUCCAUGUACGACGGUGCCACACUAUCGCAGUCUACUUUUGUCGACACUAGUGACGCGAGUGGCAACAUGCUUGCAACGAGCUUCAAAGAUGUAAUUGCCGUGUCGGCCGAAGGUCGCAAGAGCUACAGCGCGGAGCUGUUCGGACCAACUUCCGCCGCAUCCAAACGAAAGAGCGCGAACCAGGACGACGCCGGGGCUGGAGCCGCGGGCAAUGUGAAUGAUGCAGAAGUACCUGUGUGGAUGAAGGAAAUGUCGAAGCGGGCGUCUCAAUUCCAGCCACCGGCACGUGAAAAACAAGAAGAUGCUGCUGAGGCACCUAAGUCGAGCCCUGCCGAGGAAAAGGCUUCUCCACCAUCGAGUCCUCUCUUCUAUUCUGAAACACGGCGAAGCCGAAAGCUCUGCAUUGAGCCGAGUGAAGAAGCUGUGGCAUCGGUCCUGGAGUCGCAACUCGGCAAGGACGGCGCCAAAGAAGAGCCAUUGCGAAAAGAUGGAUCCGAAUCUUUUGGUGAGGCUUGCCAUGGGGGACCAAAAGCAGUAUCCCUUGAGGAUGAGCUGCCGCGAUUUCGUUUUUCCCGUGAUCCCGAUUUCUUCACAGUUGCCUCUUCCAGUGUUGUUGAAGCUGGACCGGUUCAGGAUUCGCCUCUCGUACCAGGCGUGUUGCCGCUUUCUCAAGCAACUUUACCAGAAAAGCCUCUUCGUUUACCAGUCAGUUCGACAUCAUCACCUUUUUUCAACUGUCAACAUGUUGGGUCACGUGACAUGAUUAGCUUGUCUUCAAGUAGGGCCAUUUCGAAAGACCAGUUGUCGUCGUCAACAGGUUCAACCUCGAAAGUGUCGAGUAGCGGUUCGUCGUCGUCAAGUAGUUCGUCGAGCGCAACCGAUUCGGAGAGCGCCUCUUCCUCAGUUUCCUCUUCUCUGGUGCCUUCUCGCGGAAGUAAGAGGGUGGGCGCGAGACAGGAGGAUCGAGAAGAUCCGUUCCGCAUGCCAGGUGGCGGCCACGCAACACUGGUGCAACAAGUGCACGCGCACAUGGCGAAUCUUGUUAAUAGCUACGGCAAGGACAAGGCACGGCGGGGGAACCAGUGACGCGGUGCCGUAAAACUUAACAUUCAUCAUAUUACAUAUCAACAAAGUGUAAGAAUAAUAUUGCCCUCGCGCACAAGAACAUUACCUUUCCAUAUCAUCUUCCCAGUCUAGUAUUAACUUGCACAUUAUAACACUUUUCAUAUUCAUAAAACGCAAGGAUAUCCUUCCAAGAUGAGUUGCAAUUGCAAAGCAUAUUCUCAUAUAGCACAUGGAAUUCCACGAAAAAUAGCAUACCUGUGCCAUUGUUGCAUGUGAAGAUAUCUCCUGAUGUCAUCCUGCACAGUAAGAAUAGCAAGAAAGGAGGUGUCCUGGCAAUGGUCGCGCUUCUUCGUGUUUGUUUUUAGUUCUCGAUACGCACAAAGAUGAAAAUCAGAAAAACGCAUUUGAUUGGAAAUCGUAUAUAACGCAUUGUGUAAUAAAGAACGAAG